GGGCCAAUAAAUCUUUUUGUCUUAUUUAUCUUUUCUGUGAUUCGAAAAAAAACAAAACGAAAAAAUUGGCUCGGUGUGAAAAAGUUAUAUACAGCAGUCGGGAGGCAUAAAAUUCGAAAAAUUUACAAUACACCUAAUACUACAGUUUGCUUUAUUUCAUGCUAUUCUAUUUGAUUAUUCCAGAUUAUAUAUUUAUUGUUAUUAAAAUGGAAAAUUCAAUUCGAAUAACAAAAAAAGGGGAGGGGGAAUUUAUAUGUAAAAUCUGUGACAGCGGUUCUCAACCUUUUCUACUCGUGUGCUACCUUAACCUAUUGUGUAUAGACUUGUAAUACUAAUAGACCCUUCUUGUCUACCUCUAGGGGUACGAGUACUACUGGUUGGGAACUUUUAAAAGUCACGUGUAUUCCGGAACUUUGUGUAUAUAUAUAAUACUAUAUGCAUUAAUAUUAUAAUAUGUGAUGUAAAUUGUGAUUUUUAUUCAUUUUUUUUUUUUCUACAGCUAUGGCGAUUUGUACAAAAUGGGAUUGUAAGGUAAAUAAAAAGUUGUUACCUGUAAAAUGUCAUUUGUUUUUAUAUGCAUCAGCUAUUGCCACCAUACUACCUUUCUGCCCAAUCAUUGCCAAAAAUUUGGGAAUAACUGCCACAGCUGUAGGAAUCAUUUACACCGUAGUUCCAUUUACGACAAUUAUUGUCUCUCCAUUCUUUGGAUGGAUAGCUGACAAAUUCAAGCAUUUAAAGUUUAUCAUUAUAAUUCUGAUUAUUAUCCAGACGCCAUUUUACUUUGCAAUUAAUCACAUACCUCCGAUAAAUAAAUCCAAGCAAGCUUUUAGUGCAGAAGUAAUUUGCAACAAUAACAAUUCUUAUGCAUUGGAAUCGAGUGUAUAUUUGCCAUUGUCAAGUAAUAACAGCAUGGUGUGUUAUGCCGACUGUCAUGAGUGUUUCACAGCAGAAUUGUUUAACCAAUCUUCUGAAGAGAAUCUUCUUACCUUAUGCAGAAGAACUCUUAAAUUAAUGAUUCAAAAUGCCAACAAUAAUUCUAAAUUUAUUACCAUAGAUAGCAUAAUUUCGGAUAAUCAAAGAAUUUCUCUACACUGUUCUGAAAGUAUGAAAGAUUUCUGCAAAACUGAAUGCAUUCUACCUGGCUAUUCAAAGGAGAAAGAGGCUCACAUAUUCUCAUCGUACCAAUUUUGGACAAUACUUUUCCUCAUGGCUUCAUCUCUAAUUACAACGAAUGUUAUAAUAUCUUUAUCGGAUGCAGCGUGCUACGAGGAACUCGAAGAAGAGGUUCAAGAAUUUGGUAAACAAAAACUAUGGUACUCCAUUGGAUGGGCAUUAAUAACAAUGCUAACAGCGUAUAUAGUGGAAGUUGCAAACACGGGGAGAAAAAAAGUGGAUUAUUCUCAUGGUUUCUACAUGAUGAUACCUCUGGUUAUUUUUGACAUUGUAGCACUUCUAAAUACAGAUUUAAGAAAACGAGCAUCGUCGACGGAUAUUAUUAAAGACAUUGCUAAAAUAUUCAGAAGACCUCAUCCAUUCUUUAUUGUUUUCGUUGUAUGUUUAGUUGGGAUGUUUUCCGGUCUUCAAUGGAGUUAUAAGUUUUGGUAUUUGGAAGAUAUGGGAGCGAAUAAAUUGCUGUUUGGAUUAUGUACUAUCGUUUCCUGCUUCUUUGGUGAAGUUCCCUGUUUAUUUCUUUCUGGUCACAUCAUAAAUUUUAUCGGAAGAGAUAACAGCAUGUGCCUUGCAUUGCUAGCAUUUUCUUCCUGGUUUCUGGCUGCUUCUUAUAUUUAUAAUCCUUGGUGGAUAUUAUUGAUGGAAUGGACGCAAGGACCUUGUUAUGGUAUAUUUUAUGCUGCUAUGUCAUCAUUUGCAAAAAUCACCGCUCCUCCAGGUACAGAAGCCACUAUGCAAACUAUCUUGGGAGCCACUUUCUACGGAUUAGGUGUCGGUUCGGGAAGUUUAUUAGGAGGAUUUGGAUUUGAUAUGUAUGGCGGUAGAAAGACUUUUCGUUUUGCUGGUUUCUUCGCUUUAGCUUCAGCUUUAUUGUAUAAAUUCAUUACAGAAGCUGUAGAAAAUGAAAAAUCUAGCAGAAAGAAACACUGGAAAGGCAAAUGAUAUUACAAAAAGAAAAGAAAGAACCAAC